AACACUCAAUUUGAUUUUUUAUAUAAUUAUUCUAAAAUAUAUUAUUGUAAUGUCAAAUAAUGAGUGGCGAAAUGUUUGCAUUUGUGUGUUCCGUGCUUCUUCUCGUCAUUUCGUUAUCGAAAUCGCAGCAAAAUUCCACCAACGGAGACGAUAAUUUGACGAUACGAUACGAGAUAAAUACGGAUUCUACAACGAAUUAUAACGACGAAACAAUAACACUGCGAUAUGAUUUGUAUAAAAAUUUGAUUAAUAAUACACAAAGUGACAAAUUGCAGCAUGAAUUUCAUAUGAAUACUAAACGCGAGGAUAAUGAUUUGAUUCAACUUAAACUAAACGUGCAUUCAAUACAGAAUAACGGUGAUGAGCAAAAAUCGAUGAAAUCUAACACGAACUCGACAUAUGUCAAUUAUAAAAGGAAUUUCACGCCACAGGAAGUUUAUGAAACUGUAAAUGAAAAGAAUGAUUCUAUGUCACUUGAAGUCUUCAAAAAUUCCAGCAAAAAUGCUAAUAAAACUAACAUCGUCCCAAACGAAAUGUGUCAUAAUGAUACUUGCAUUCGGCUCUGCUGUCCUCUUGGCGAUCGUCUGGUUGAUGAGAACUGCAUUCCUGAAGAAAUGGAAUACAUUUUUCCAGAAGUAUACACGAACGAUUUGACGCAGAGCGAAAAGAAAGUGAACGAUUUGUUUGAUCUGGCCAUUUAUAAUUUGUGUCAGGAUGCUUGCUAUCUACUUCCUGAAGGUUUUCAGUACGAUUAUAAGAUUUUUGCCAACGGUUCUAUAUAUAUAAUUUAUUAUAAAAUAUUUGUUGAAUCGACAUCAUAUUGUCUCGCCGUCGUUGACGGGAAUAAGUUCGAAAUAACCAUCGGUUCCAAAACUUAUGACAAAAUCAAUGUUAAUGAGCCCAUGAUUUAUAACAUACAAAUUAUAUAUCUGAGUUUCCAUAUAGUAUCUAUAUUACUUUUGGGGUCAGUAUUUCUGGUGUAUUCCAUCUUGCCAGAACUCCGAAAUGUACACGGCUUUAUGUUGCGCAAUUACAGCGGUGCCCUGACUGUUGCAUACAGCAUUGACAUUGUGAAUAUUAUGAUCAGAGCGGGUGAUAUACCGUAUUCUGUUUGCGUUACAAUAGCUUUUUUAAACUACUUCUGUUUUUUGGCGGGUUUCUUUUGGCUAAUUAUGAUAAGCUUUGAUAUGUGGUGCACAUUCAGAGGAUUCUGUUCGUUACAAAAAACGUCAGACAACGAGAAAAAAAGAAAGUUGAUUUAUUAUACAAUCUUUGCGUGGGGAUGUCCCUUUAUGUUUGCUGUUUUCUGUGUCAGCAUGGAUUUUCUUUCCAAGUAUGUACCAUCGAUUUUGCGACCGGAAUUUCAUUUAGGAGAUUGCUGGUUUCAUGGGAAAGAUGCGUUUAUCUUGUAUUAUUACGGGCUCAAAAGUGUCUGCAUUAUUAGUAGCGUUUGCUUAUCCAUCUCUACGGCACUGAAAAUUAAACGUUACAAGAAGGAUACAGGUGUUCGUCUGACAGAUUCGGAAAGCAAACGGUAUAAUGAUAAUAAGAAAUGGUUCAAUUUGUAUCUGAAGCUAUUUAUUAUGCUGUUUGUCGUGAUGGGUAUAAAAUGGUCCGUGAUGACAGCAUCAUGGUUGGCUGGAAAUAUAUCAGAUUAUGUCUCGUUUACUGUUAACGUCGUAGACAUCGUGCAGAAUCUCUGCACCUUUAUUAUAUUUAUAUGCAAAAAGAAGAUCAAGAUGAUGUUACUGAAGCGAUUUGGAUGCGGUUCACACGUUCGACAGACGACUGUAACAUCGAACACCACGUCAGAAGUGGCUAUGCAAGACAAGAAUUCUUACGCACAGGAUAACUGUCACGUUAAAAGUUCACCCAGUGGGACUGAACUCUAAAUUUAUAUGCAAAAUAUAAACGAAUAUUCUCUUCACUAAUUACUCUUUGUAUUUUCUUUAUAAUUAUAUAUUUGUACAAUCAA